AUGAUUCUAGCGAUACGGGUGUAUAGAAAGGUGAAGGAUCUUAUUGGCGAACAUCACGAAGGCUGCCUUGAAGAAGAAUUAUUCCAUGAUCUCGAGAAAGAACUUUAUCGCAUUGACCCAAACAACGAAACACUCUACCUUCCCGGAGGAUAUGCAGGUCUAUAUUUGGUCAUGAAUCAAAGCAAUCGUGAAAAUGAGUUCAAGCCGCAAAACACUGAUCCGCAUAUUUUCGAGGAACUCAUGAAGAUUGACAUAGAAAAUGGUGCCGUUCCAAGCCAUUUCAGAGUUGUUGCAAGCUUCACUUACAAUUUCUCGAUUCUCAAACAUUCUCUAUGGGAAGAAUACACGAUGGACUGGGCGUACAAUAUUGGCGGAUACACUAUUUUCACAGCCCCAAACGAGUUCGUCGUAAGAGUUAUCAUCGGAAAUUGUUCAUAUUCAAAAGAUGAAAUUCGCGAAAUGCAGCUCUCGAAUGAUGAAACCCUUAUUUACUUGAUAAAAGAAAUGCUGAAAGAUCUGUCGAUUGAGGAGGGGCAAGAAGUUCUUGAGAUUCCAACUCAAGUUGGACUGACAUUACCUUAUUACGCCACGCUUUAUUAUUAUGGAUGCUCGAGCUUUCUGUUGGAAACAUUCCCAAAACUCGAGUUCAACUGCUGCAGCUACUUCAAUCAGACUCCCUACAUCAUGUACAAACCACUCAUGAAAAAAAUACUCCAAAGAGGCUUGAAUCCUUUCAUUACUCCACAUACUUUGCCUUCCUUUGGAAACUUCUUCAACUGGUACUUCACGGAAUAUGCCUUCGACGCGCACGAGGAUCUGCAAGAUUGCAAACUACAGAAAGAUAUCUUCUUCAUUUCCUCCCCAUACAUCAAAAACAAAGAAGAAAUCGAGCAACUUGGUCUUUACGAUGAGCUGGUUGAAAAAUACGUAACCGAAUUCGCAGCCGAUGGAGCUCCUUUAACAACAACGUACAAUUCCUGGUACGAUAUUGCUUGCAACGAAAAGUGUCCCGAAAAUUGCAAUCAAGCGAUUCCAUCCCUCCGGUAUUUCAUUGGCCAGCUCAUCGAGAAAACCAACCUCCUCGGAAAUGGCGGGCAAGGAUCCGUUUUCGAGUGCACUUGGCAUGGAAAAAAGGCGGCAGCGAAAUUCAUCCCGAAUCGACAAAUAACUGAAAAGUUGUUCAAAAUCAUCAAGGGAGCGCCGCAAAAGCUAAUGGACCCGUUGCGCGAAAAAAAGAUGCGACAGCUUUUUACAAUGCAAGCUUCGGAAUUCUACAUCGCCAGGGAAAUCAAUCAUCCUUAUGUUUUGCGAAUGUUCGAUUUUUAUCUGCAACAUCGAAAUGGAAAGGACGAGUUCGUCAUUGUCUCGGAGCUCUGCGACACGACAUUGAGCAAGAUCGACUUCAAUAUGGCUUCCUUUUUGAAUUAUUUUCUACAGGUCACUUCGGCUAUCAAAGCAAUCGGAGACCAAAAUUUGUCACAUGGCGAUGUGAAGCCAGAAAAUAUCCUGCUGAAGCGAGAGGGCGACACUGGAGCGCUUUCUGUUCGACUUGCAGAUUUCGGAAUGGCCGGAAUUGUCGGAGGUACACCCUUAUUCAUGGCGCCUGAGGUGCUGACCAGAUCGAUUCCUUAUGUAUCUGAUAUCUACUCGCUCGGCAUGUCGAUACUUUUUUCUGUUUACGACUUGCAGCUGGCUUUUAAGCUCUUUCUUCUUCCAGUGGACAAUGAUAGCCUUCGAUCGGCGAAAAAAAUUGUUCAGAAGCAUGAAUUGACGAAAUUCAUUUCGAACAUGAUCUCGGACGAUCCAGCUGUCCGGCCUAGCAUCCGGGAGGUAAAUGAUUUCUUGACGGUGGAGCAACUUCUUUUCACAGAUGAGAGCAAAAUCACGAUAAGAGAUCUUGGAAUCAACGAUGAUUUGGAGGCUUCGGAGACGAGUAUUUCAAAUGAUCUGAAGAGAAGAGCAGAGACGCUUAGAUCUGAGUUGAUGAUGACCGUGAUUCCGACGAAAAUCAACGCAAAUGAAAGCGAAAUUCAAGCAGCGCUUCUCUAUCACGUGAUGCAAAGACUCGCCAGACCGACAUUUCUGCAGCGAGAAGGAAUUCAUCUUCUUGGAAGCCUGAAACCGAUACUUGAUAAGAUCGGACAAGUUCAGCCUCUUCUUGAAAUAUUUUUCCACCCAACGGAAUAUGACAAAGUAUCCGAAAAGCUUAAACAAUUCGACGUUGUUGGCGAUUUCUUCAGUGCUAUUGAUCAGAAAAAGACCCUCGUCUGCCCGGUCAAUACUGGAUUGGAAAAUAUGAAGCAUGCAAUGUGCUUGUACGGAUUUGAUGAAGAGGACAAGUCAUUCAUUUUCAAGAACAGCUCUUCGGAACAGACGACGAUCCAUGUUCCUCUCAUGUCAAACCAGGUCAAGGUCGACUAUUCGUUGAAGUAG